CUGAUAGUACCUCGAUACAGAUUGAUAUUGAUAUCUGAGUUUAGUCUGCGUCGAGAUCUAGGCAUUAGCGUGCGCCUGCAAGUUUCUCGCGCACGUUCAAAAUGUACAGCAACGCGAAACCGCAUACCGCGAACUGGAAACCGGCACGUCGCGAUGCAAAAGUUUACGAUAACAUACUACAUGUAAUCGGAAAUACUCCUCUAGUUAAGCUUAAUCGGAUACCGAAGGACCAUGGACUCGAAUGCGAAUUUUACGCAAAGUGCGAGUUCCUGAAUCCCGGGGGCUCCAUCAAGGACCGGAUGUCUUACACGAUGGUGGUGGACGCGGAGAACACAGGGAGAGCCCGGGAGGGAACGCGCUUCGUCGAACCUACUUCGGGGAACACCGGCAUUGGCAUCUCUAUGACUGCAGCAGUCAAAGGUUACAAAGCAAUUAUUGUGACCCCGGACAAGAACUCAGAUGAGAAGCUGAGUGCAAUGAGACUGCUGGGAGCUGAAAUCGUGCAGACCUCGUCGGUUGCCAAGAAAGGCGACCCGGACCACUUCAUGUCGGUCGCCCAGCGGCUGGUCAAUGAGGACCCCGAACAUAACAUCAGUUUAGAUCAGUAUUCAAAUCCGGUGAACCCCAUCACACACUUGGAGCACACGGGCCGCGAGAUCAUCGACGGCCUGGGCCCCAUAGACAUGGCGGUGAUGGGUGCCGGUACGGGCGGGACCGUCACGGGCGUGGCGCACUUGCUCAAGCGCGCCUGUCCGAAGUGCGUCGUCGUUGCCGUCGAUCCCAGGGGCUCCAUCAUGUGGGGGAACGAGCUCGUGCCGUUCUUUGUAGAAGGCAUUGGGGGAGAUUUCCUUCCUGAUGUUCUGGAUAAACGUAAUAUAGACCGAGUGGAAGCCCCGACCGACUACGAAGCCUUUAACAUGGCCAGAGAAGUUAUUCGAAAAGAGGGCCUGCUAUGCGGUGGCAGUAGUGGAGCAACCAUGUUCGCGGCGCUGAAGGCCGCGAAAGAGCUGCAGUUGGGAGCAGGCAAGAAGGUGGUGGUCGUGCUGGCAGACGGCAUCCGCAACUACAUGACUAAGUUCGUCAGCGACCAGUGGAUGGAGGCGCACCUGUUUAAAGAACCGCCGAUACAUGACAAGAUCGAAUGGUGGAGUCAUCCUCUCCAUAAUUUAGAUGUGGAUACGUCUGUUCCACACCUAAAGCUCAGUGCAUCGGUCAGAGAUGUCAUAGCUGCAAUGGGCUCCAUGCACAGUGUUGCGAUAAUUAAUGAAGAAAAUGGGCUUUAUAAGGGAGCUACAUCCAAAAACCAAUUGCGUUACUCAGCCACCAACCCCAAGAAGGAAGGGAAUCUAAGCCUGCAGGACCCCAUCGGCAAGCACUUGAUACAAAACUGCUUGAAGGUGGCGGACAAUAAGGGACAUCCGACUGUUGGCCUUGUCUCCCGCAUUUUGGACAUCACUCCGUUUGUCGUCGUAGUUGAGAAGAUACCUAAUCCUGAUAGUCAAAUUAAAGUCAGUGGUGACUGGAGAGCCACCCAAAUGUACAGCGCAAAAGCAAAACACAUCUCCUAUGGAAACUGGAAACCAGCAGGUCGCGAUGCCAAAGUUUAUGAUAAUAUAUUACAAGUUGUCGGCAAUACUCCUUUAGUUAAGCUUAAUCGGAUACCAAAGGACUAUGGACUCGAGUGUGAAAUCUAUGCAAAGUGCGAAUUUGUGAAUCCCGGCGGCUCAAUUAAGGAUCGAAUAGCGAACACAUUGGUGCAUGACGCGGAGAAAUCCGGAAGAGCUUAUGAUGGUACACGCUUCGUUGAACCUACUUCGGGAAACACUGGCAUCGGGCUCGCUCUGACCGCGGCAGUCAAAGGUUAUAAGGCGACAAUUGUUACACCGGACAAGAACGCAGGUGAAAAACUAAGUACUUUGAAACUGCUGGAGGCGGAUAUCGUGCAAACCCCUACCUCUGCCAACCUGGGGGACCCCGACCACUUUUUAACAGUUGCUCAGGAAAUACUUAAACAAGAUCCUAACAGCAUCUGUUUAGAUCAGUUUUCAAACCCUGUGAACCCCAUGACGCAUGAAGAGCAGACGGGCAGCGAGAUCAUCGCGGCGCUGGGCCACGUCGACAUGGCGGUGAUGGGCGCCGGCACGGGCGGCACCGUCACGGGAAUCGCGCGCGCGCUGAGGCAAGCUUGCCCUGGCUGCGUCAUCGUGGCCGUGGAAGCAGUAGGCUCGAUUAUAUGGGGAAAUGAACUUGCACCAUUUUAUGUAGAAGGCAUUGGAGACGAUUUCAUACCCGAUGUUUUGGAAAAAGAUGUAAUUGAUAAGGUUGUACACACGAACGACUACGAUUCCUUUAACAUGGCCAGGGAAAUUAUCCGAAAGGAGGGACUACUUUGCGGUGGCAGCAGUGGAGCCGCCAUGUUCGCCGCACUGCAGGCCGCCAAAGAGCUGAAAUUGGGCGCAGGGAAGAAGGUGGUGGUCGUGCUGCCUGAUGGAAUCCGCAACUAUAUGACCAAGUUCGUCACCGACCAGUGGAUGGAGGCGCGCCUGUUCAAAGAGCCACCGUUACACCCCAACAUUGAAUGGUGGAAUCAUCCCCUUGAUAACCUGCCUGUGGAUAUCUCGGUGCCACACGUGCAGCACAACGCAACAUGUAGUGAUGCUCUCACUGUGAUGGGAAGUGUGCAUAGUGUUGCGUUAGUUGUUGACGAGAAUGGGUUUUUCAAAGGAGUAAUAUCUAAAAAUCAACUGCGACACGCGGCUACCAACCCCAAAAAAGAAGAGAAAUUAAAUUUAAAUGAACCGGUGAAAAUGCACAUCAUACACAACUGCUUGACGGUGGUGGAAAACAAGGGAUGUCCCACCGUCGGACUUGUGUCUAGAAUUUUGGACAUUACUCCGUUCGUCGUUAUAGUUGAAAAGAUACCGAACCCUGAAAGUAAAAUCAUAGGUAGGCGAGCAAUAAAAAUGUCGAACCACGUGGCGCCGCAGAAUGGUCAAGCAAAUGGCACAUCAAAAUUUUUUAACCUCAAGGAAUUUCCGCACAUCGUCAAAGUACUGGACAGAAACCAAAAGUUCCAUCCCGACAUUCUACACGCUAUCGGUAACACUCCGCUGGUGAAGUUGACGAGAAUACCUAAGUCUGAAGGCAUAAAAUGUGAUAUGUAUGCAAAAUGCGAGUUUAUGAAUCCAGGGGGCUCUGUGAAGGACCGCAUCGCUUACAGAAUGGUACUGGAUGCAGAGGAAAGAGGAGUGUUGAAGCCCGGCAAAUCUGUAAUUAUUGAGCCCACCUCCGGCAAUACUGGCAUUGGUCUAGCUUUGGCAGCUGCUGUUAAGGGUUACAGAUGUAUCAUAGUGCUGCCUGAAAAAAUGUCAGAUGAGAAAGUUAAUACCCUCAGGGCUCUAGGAGCAGAGAUAGUGAGAACCCCCACUGAGGCACCCUCUGCCUCUCCAGAAAGUAACAUUGGCGUGGCUCACCGCAUGGCUUCAGAAAUACCUGAUGCUGUGGUACUGGAUCAGUACAACAACCCGUGCAACCCGCUGGCGCACUACGACGGCACGGCGGAAGAGAUCCUCUGGGCGCUGGACGACGCCGUGGACAUGGUGGUGAUGGGCGCCGGCACCAGCGGCACGGUGUCGGGCGUGGCGCACAAGCUCAAGGAGCGCUGCCCCGCCUGCAGCGUCGUGGCCGUCGACCCCCACGGCUCCAUACUGGCGCAGCCCGAGGAGCUCAACCGCAGCGACAUCGACAUGUAUGAGGUGGAAGGCAUCGGCUACGACUUCUUGCCGCGAACGUUGGACAGGACCGUCAUCGACAAAUGGAUCAAGUGCGACGACCAGAAGGCGCUGCCCAUGGCCAGGCGGCUCAUUCAGGAAGAAGGCUUGCUUUGCGGCGGCAGCAGCGGCUCAGCCAUGUGGGGCGCAUUGCAGGCAGCCAAGAGCCUAAAGGAAGGCCAGAAAUGCGUGGUGCUGCUCCCAGACAACAUCCGUAACUACAUGACCAAGCACAUCUCCGACCCGUGGAUGGAGGCGCGCCAGUUCAAACCCGUGCCUACCAACGAUAAGCUCUGGUGGUGGGAGUCGCCGGUGGAGCCCGCCCUCGCGUCGCCGGUGCCGCGCGUGCCGCUGCGCGCCUCGCCGGCGCUGGCGCUGGCCGCGCUCGGCCCCUCCCCCUCCGCGCCUCUCGUCGCCGUCCUUGCAGAUGACGGUUCCCUGGCCGGCGUGUUUACGGCGGAUGAUGCGAGACGGCGUCUCGCUAACCUGUCGGGCUCCACGUCGGAAGGCCUCGACAAGUUCCUGGUGAAGAAGUAUUACAAAGUAGACCUUGCGAAGAACCCGACGUUAGGACUAGUGUCGAGAAUGCUGGACAUUGCGCCAUAUGUUGUGGUGGUUAAAACAGACACGUCAUCACACAGCCAGCAGGCGAUCGGCGUCAUCACGUCCAACAACCUGCUCGCACACAUCACAGACAAAGCGAAAAUGAAAAACGGCAUAAACUAACACUAGGAACCUAAAUAAAUACUAGUUAAGCGCAAAAUAUAAGAAAGAUAAAAAUGUUUAACUUGAUACGUAUUUUUAAUUUGGGUGUAUACCCAUUUUUGAGAUCGUAAUAGGGACAACAAUUUUGAGUAGUCGCUAUCAAAAAAUAUCUGUACCUGUAUGUGUUCUCUUAAGCAUAAUUGUGAUCAGUUUUGUGGGCAAAGUACCUUGUUGACUAUUAAUAAUAAAAAAUCAUAUGCAACAUCAGGUUUGCGGUUAAGGCUACAAAUCCACUCAAAAUAGUGUAUGCUAAUAUAAUACGAGAAGAAUAUGUUAUUAGUGAUGAUAUUUAAUAUCAACAACCGCUCGUACAAUGCUUGUACAGUCACUAUUAAAUAAAAUAUCUGUAGUGUUUAAAUAAAAUAUCUGAACAUGAACCUUCCAUCAUACAAUAAAAGUUGACAUAAUAUCUCAUCGUAAUGUAAGCCCUGACAAUAAAGUCAAAUUUAGAUAUUUAUGAGCACCCUAUCUGGUCUGACAAGUAUUAAGUGUUGAGCUCCAUAUUUGUCUCAUUGAAUGAGAUAAAGAUAACAUAAUUCAUUUAAGGCGAAGAGUAGGGCAAGCUCUUUCCAUACAAACUAUGUGCGCGUUUUUCUUCUUUUGUGUUUGCGCUACAGUUAUUAUUUUUGGUAAAUAUGCUUAUUUUUCUGUUAGCUAGGGCUUGAUGUAUAUAUUUUUUUACUUUUUUUUGUUUCAAGUGCUGCGUAUAUCCAAUAUAUACAAGCAAAAAAUUAAAUUAAAUGCUAUAGUGCCAAAACUAACGAAUAAAACUUGCACAAGGUUUGUAUGGAGAAUGCCUUGCCCUACCCUGCGCCUUAAAAGCUUAUGCUAGUUUGAGUUUUACAACGGUUACGUUCUUAAUAUAGUACAUUGUGCAACGAGGGGGGUAACUGAAACUUUGGAUUAGGGUGGUAAUUCCCGACAGCCGCAGGCUGGAGGGAAUUAAAGGCUCGAGUUUGCAAUAUUCUUACCCCCGGAGUUACACACAAUGUUUUUCAUCUCACUGGCGAAGAAUAAAUAAAAUUUUAAGCGAAAUAAUUCUUAAAUACGGUGACAUCAAAUUUUUGUCCGCCAUUUUGUAAUUUCUUGACAGGUUAGGCAUCGAAGGCACAGACCUAUUUGGCAUUCUGUUAGUUCAUAUUAGUGUUGUGUUCCUGCCGGUGAGUAAGGUUGCCAGAGCUCAACGAGGGGGGUGGGGUUAGGGUCGGCAACGCGCAUGUAACUCCUCUGGAGUUGCAGGUGUACAUAAGCUACGGAGACUGCUUACCAUCUGGCAGGCCGUAUGCUUGUUUGCCACCGACGUAGUAUAAAAAAAAAAAAAAUUCUACCAUUAUUGAAAUUAUGUAAAAAUAUUUUAAACAACAUUUUAAUUAAUCAAAUUAAAUAAUUUUAAACAUAAACAAAAAUAUUAAAUUACAAACGUCAGUAUUUUAAAAGUAAAACUCGUUUAUGCUACUUGAUUUGUAUGAAUAAGUGACAUAAUUUAAGAAAAAAGCUAUAACUCCCUAGGGAGUUAUAGCUUUUUUAUUUAUUUAUGCCACUCCCUAGGGAGUCAGCUUUUUUUUUAUUUUGCCACUUAUUCAUACAAACCAAGUACAAUAAAUGAGUUUUACUUUUAAAAUAUAUUUACAUAAUUUUCAAUCAUGGCUAAAUGCCAAAUAGGUCUGUACCUUCGAUGUCUAACCUGUCAAAUUACAAAAUUUUUAGCUUAAAGUUUAGUUUUUUCAUUGCAAGUGUGAUCAACUCCGGGGAUAAGAAAAUUGCAAACUCGGAUCUUUAAUUCCCUCAUGACGAAAAUUUCACUUACCCCCCUCAUUGCACAAUGUUCUUACAUAAGUUUUUUUUUAUGGCGUACUAGAAGAGAGGCCUAUGCUCAGCAGUGGACGAUAAAGGUCUGAAAUGAUGAUGAUAUUUUUUAAAUCAACUUACUUAUAAAUUAGAUAAAUCAUAUACCAAUGAAACAAUACACAAUAUAUAUUGCAUUUAAAUUGACCUUUUAUGAUGUGAAUUUCUUUCACUUUUAGCAUUUACAUGCUACAACUAUACAUAUAAAUUUUGAUCUAUUGUUAUAAAGUGUAUAAUUACUUCUUAUUUCUGUAAAUUUAAUUUUUAUGAAUUACAGUUGUUAAACUUC